CUAGCGGUUAAACAAACAAGUUAACAACCGAAAAGGCGAAAUACUAAAUAAUUAAUAAUAUGUUUUAUUUAAAGAUAUAAGCUGAAAGCUUAUAUUAAUGUAAAUUAUAACCAAGCAUCGUGAGUGAACUGCUUUUAGUUAUGUUUAUCAAAUUUUAGACUAUAAGGUCCAUUUGGAAUGCAUUAAAAAUGAAAUUAAUAUUGUUGUUGGCUUGCCUGGCGCUCAUGUUGAUCCACAACGAGGCGCAAUUUUGUCGUGGACGAGUUCGGCCGUCUGAACGAAAUUGUGUUGGUGGCAAGGACUCUGGCACAAGGCGAGCCAACCACUGUCACAGGACAGCCAAUGACCAUAUGUGGUAUUACAGCAACAGGACACGAUCCUGUAGGAGAAUGUCCUAUCACGGCUGUGGAGGCAACAAAAAUAGGUAUUGCUCCUUGGCAUCGUGUGAAAAGAAAUGCGUUCAACCACGAGAAAUUGACACAACUAUAACUAAGCCCAACAAUCCAACUACAACUGAAUUAAUUAACACAAAUUUAGAUGCAUUCGACAAUCCAACUUUGGCUGGAGUUGACAACGCAACUUUAGCUGAAUUUGGUAAUCCAAACUUAGCUGAAUUCGACAAUACAACCCAAGUUGAACCUGCUGGACAAGCUGCUCCACUUGCAAAGUUUGGAAUAUUUUGAGUCCUAGUUCUUAUAUACAUAUGUAUGUAUCAUACAUAUGUAUUAAAAUUAUUGUAGCUAGAAAGCUACACUUUGUACUUAAGUUUGAUAAUACUCAGCCUUAAAAUUCUAACCUUAACACAAGUUGAUAUAAAAAGUCUUCAAUUUUGAAGCCAAUAGCCAAGAAAAACGUAAAAACAACAUGGAUAUAUACGCAAAAUAAAACCAAAAAGUUUCAAUUCAAUAAGAAACAAAAUAUUCAGCUCCAAAUUGAAUAUUAAUACAAAAAAGUGACUUCGCUUCCAGUUGAGGAGCCGCUGCAUAAAUCCUGAAAGCAAUUAAAGACUUCUACACAAAAAUAUUGUUACCAGAACUACAAAGCAGUUGAACAACAACUGAUUUAGAAACAAUGCCAAAUACAGUAAUAUUUGAUUUUUAUAUCUAAAUGACAUCAUU